CCCUUAAAUUCUAGGAUUGCAUAAAAGGUGGUUCACAGUACGUCGACCCACUUGGACGUCUCCUCGCUUCUCAAAAUGAAAGUGUUUGCGCUUUUCAUUUCUGUCCUGCUAGGAACAGCAAGUGCUAAGGUUUUUGAGCGAUGUGAGUUGGCGCGGAAACUCAAGGCUUCUGGGUUGGAUGGGUACCAUGGGUACAGCUUGCCUAACUGGGUUUGUUUGUCCAAUUGGGAGUCAAGUUACAACACUGCAGCCACCAACCGGAACUCUGAUGGAUCAACUGAUUAUGGCAUUUUCCAGAUUAACAGUCGCUGGUGGUGCAACGACUUCAAGACUCCUCUUGCCAAGAAUGCUUGUGGCAUCAACUGUAGCCAACUGCUGUCUGACGACAUUGAUGUAGCCAUCACGUGUGCCAAGCGUGUGGUCAGAGACCCCAAUGGCAUGGGAGCCUGGGUGGCCUGGCGGAAUCGCUGCCAGGGUCGCGACCUGAGGCAGUACACUGCAGGCUGUGGGGUCUGAAUCAAACGCCCAGGAGCCAGAACAUGCCUGUCUUGGGGCUCCUUGCUGAAGAUAAACAGUUCCUUUAAACCACUUGUGGGGACAUCCACACAAAAAAGAAAAUUAUCAAACUUUCCUAAAUGUGCUAUAUUUUAACAGCAGCUUUCAAUAGUAACAGAUCAAUUAAGGAUGAAGUUAAUAUGUUUACCCAGGGGGCGGCAGUAGUAGGCCACGGUGUGUGUAACCUAGCAACAGCAAUCAAGAAUAUAGUACAUGAAUAUUCAUCCCA